AAAUUUAUAAUAACAUCUUCCUGAAAAAUUCUAUAUUUGUAUUAUUUAAAAUAAAUCCGUAUUGAGGCACAGCCCUAGAUCAUGCUCUAUACCUGUUAACUAUUUGAAAAUUGUUGUUUUUAAAAAAAAACAGCUUCCGUUCAUGUUUCAAUCAAACAAUUAUAUUAUCAUCAUAAUUUACAUGAUAUAAAUCUCGUUUAAUAUAUAAAACAUGCAAAUUCUGUUCACUAUAGCACCAGUCUCGCUAUUUAUUCGGUUCACGAUGUACAAAAGUACUGCUAUAAUCUUUUUUGUAGUUAUGAUGGUCGGGAGUAGCUUACAACAGGGCGGCGCCGAAGGAGGAACUAAUGCCGGUAUCGGCUUUGGUGCCAAUGCCGGUGGCGGUGCCGGUUCUGAUGCCGGCGCCGGAGCCGGAGGUGGCGCUGGUUUCCAAUUCGGCGCUAAUGCCGGAGCCGGAGGCGGCGGCGAAGCCGGUAGUAGCAAUGGAUUCGGAAAGUAAUAUAUUUCUCUAAUAUAGAAUCCUGUUUUCAAACAAUGACAAGAAGAAUCGAAGAGUACAUGAAUUAUUUCUUAUUAUGUAUGAUGUCCAAAAACUAUUGAUUCCAACCAGAUGUUAUUGUUAUACAAAUUUUUAAGUGUAUUAAAAAACUUCUUAUAUUAAUAAUUUCUAGACUGUCACAACAUGCUUGGUGUGUAACGAAUGUUAAAGAAUAACUACAGAUAAGAUGCUACAUACUUUGUUGUUUAAUAUCUACAAUACACAGUGCAACCAGAUAACUAUUAAAUAUAAGUCUGUCAUAUGUGGUCCAUGAAUUAAUAAAAGUAUUUUAAAUGUUUCAUAUUA